AUGGUAAUGGCAAACAAUAAAACACAAUGUUUUACAUGUAAUAAGGAAAAAAUCACAUAUCCUUGUAAAGGAUGUUUAAAAGAAUUUUGUUUAAUACAUUUAACACAACAUCAACAAAUAUUAAAUGAAGAAUUAAAUGAUAUUACUAAUGAAUAUAAUGAAUUUAAACAAAAAAUUAAUCAACAAAAACAAAAUCCACAAAAUGAUUUAUUAAUAAAUCAAAUCGAUCAAUGGGAAAGAAAUUCAAUUGAAAUAAUUCAAAAAAAAGCAGAAGAAUGUAGAAAAAUUGUUAUUGAAUAUUUACCAACAUUCUUUAAUGAUCUUGAAAAUAAAUUUAAUGAUUUAAAUGAGCAAAUAAAACAUAUUAAUGCUGAAAAUGACUUUAAUGAAAUAAAUUUAAAUUAUUUAAGAAAUCAAUUAAGAGAAAUUACAGAAGAAUUAAAUAAUUCAUCAAAGAUUUCGAUUCAACAAGAUUCACAAGCAUUUAUUAAUGAUAUUUCUAUUAUUUUAUCAAAAAAAUCAAAAUUUAACAAAUGGAAACAAAGUGGCAUCACUGUGGUUGGUGGAAAUGGACAAGGACACGAAUUAGAUCAACUGAAUUCUCCUCGCGGAAUCUUUACUGAUAAAAAGAAAAAUAUUUUUAUUGCUGAUUAUUGGAAUAGUCGUAUUGUUGAGUGGAAAUACAAUGCAAAAGAAGGACAAAUUAUUACAGGUGGAAAUGGACAAGGAGAUCGAAUGAAUCAAUUGGAUCGACCAACAGAUGUGAUUGUUGAUCAUCAAAAUAAUUCGAUUAUCAUUGCUGAUAAAGGGAAUAGACGAGUGAUUCAAUGGUUUAAUCAAAAUCAACAAAUUCUCAUUGAAAAUAUUGACUGUUGUGGCUUGGCAAUGGAUAAAUAUGGAUUUCUUUAUGUUUCUGAUUGUGUGAAGAAUGAAGUGAGACGAUGGAAAAUGGAAGAAUAUAAUAAUGAAGGAAUUGUAGUGGCUGGUGGAAAUGGCAAAGGAAAUCAACUCAAUCAACUUGAUUUUCCUAAUUUUAUAUUUGUUGAUGAAGAUCAAUCAGUUUAUGUAUCAGAUAGCAGCAAUCAUCGUGUGAUGAAAUGGAGAAAAGAAGUAAAAGAAGGAAGAAUUAUGGCUGGUGGGAAUGGUAAAGGAGAAAAUCUCAAUCAAUUAUUUGGGCCUCAAGGAGUAAUUGUUGAUGAUUUAGGUCAAAUCUAUGUGGCAGAUUUUGAGAAUGAUCGAGUAAUGCGUUGGUGUGAAGAAAAAGAAGAAGGUGAAAUUGUUGUUGGUGGAAAUGGAAGAGGAUAUCAAUAUAAUCAAUUGAAUGGUCCCAUUGGUUUAUCUUUCGAUGAUGAAGGAAAACUCUAUGUUGUUGAUAAUUUAAAUCAUCGAAUUCAAAAAUUUGAAAUAAUUUUGUGA